CGCCUCCCGCCAUGGAGCCCGCGGGCAGCAGCAUCCAGGUGCUGCUCCAGGCGGCCGAGUUCCUGGAGCACCGCCAGCCCCGGCACCCGCCCCCGCCCCCGCCCGGCCCCGAGCACGGCUACGCCGCUCUCUGCCCCGCGCCGCCGCGCCGCGCCGCGGGCAGCGUCAGGUCGGUGCACAACGCGCUGGAGAAGCACAGGAGAGCCCAGCUGCGCUGCUGCCUGGAGCGGCUGAAGCAGCAGGUACCGCUGGGCGUGGGGCCGACCCGUUCCACCACGCUGAGCCUCCUGCACCGUGCCCGGCUUCACAUCCAGAGGCUGGAGGAGCAGGAACUGAGGGCACGAAGGGCCAAGGACCGGCUGCGGGACCGGCAGCGGAGCCUGCAGCGGCGGCUGGAAUCGCUGCUCCUGCCCACGGAUGGGGAACGGGCCCGGGCUGACAGCCUGGACUCAUCCCAGCUCUCCGAGCCCUCCGAGGAAGGCUGGACCGGCCCUGCCACCGAGGCACUUCCCCACGCAGGGAGGAAGAUGAGGAAGAUGAGCCCGGCCUUCCUGACCCCAGCACGUCAGGGCACGUCCCACAGGGGAACCACAGGCACGUGACUGAGGCCGUGUUCCACCCCUCCUGCCUGCUCUCCACCCUUGCCCAGCCCUGCAAUCACUGCUGGCCUGAUCCACGCAGGAAGAGCAGGCUGUGCCAAGACACAGGGCAAAGGCAAGGGGUGAGGAUUUCACAGCCAGAUUAGUUCAAGCAACAACCUGCCCAGGCACUGGAGUGUUCCCAGUGCCACCUCUAACUCCAAGAGACCCAUCCCAGUCAGCCCCAGCCUGCCCUUGGUGCCCACCUUGCAUUUUUGCUAGCACAUAUUCAAAUCCCUUAGUGCUCUUGGUCACGUUGCUUUUGAACCUGGCCAGACCAAACUCCUGCAAGAGAAAAGUCAGUGCAGGUGCGAGCCCUGUCACACACACAGCCCCUGGGGCUUUGUCCUAGGCUUGAAAAAUCACAGUGACCUUCACAGUGAUGGUUCUGGGUGCUGAGGAUGGGGGGGAACAAUGGGAAAGGGUGUAAAACCAGCACGAGGAAAGGGUAAAGCAGGGGCAGGCAGCAGCUUUACUGCUUGAAAAAUCACAGUGGCCUUCACAGUGAUGGGUCUGGGUGCUGAGGAUGGGGGGGGAACAAUGGG